GGGACUUCCUGAGCCCGCGGGAGUCUGGGAAGAGGAGUGCGGCGCUGCGGGCGGAGCGGGCCUCGGGCCCUCCCGGGGCUCGCUGUGGCUACGCGCUGCCUGGCUGCAGCUGGGAAGGGGCAAUGCUCCGACCCGGGCGAAGGGCGUACAGAGGGGCUGAUGCCCUUGGUUCCGGGAAGCGUGCAGCCGGGGAACCCGCUGCCCGUGGACCCCCUGGGGCUCUGGCUGCCCUUCCGCCGCUUUCCUGACUCCUGCCCCCGAAGAGGCCGGAGCAUGAUUUGAGCCCGUUGGACCUACUCUGCAAUCUUUACGGACUUCGGGCUCCUUUUCCGUAAAAUGGAGCUAGUCCACACUACUUAACUAAGUUUCGGGAGGAUCUAAUGGAUGUGAAUUUAGGAGAAAGCGCACCGUUUUACCCGAGUGUGAAGGGUAGUGUUGCCGGCGUUUAGUCGGUUGGGCAUAGGAGUUUGACUCAGGAGCCGGACUGCGCUACAAUCUUAGCUCUUGGCUGGAGUUUGGGGCGAGUUAUUUAACCUUUCUAUGCCUCUGCUCACUUUUGAACAGUUAAAAAUAGUAUUUUCUUCAUAGGGCUCUAUGGGGGAAUGAAAAAAAUUUGGUGUAAGUAAAGCAUUUAAAGCCCUUAUGGUAAAUAAACACUUAAGUGAUAGCUUAUAUCAAUAUUAAUUACUUAUAGCCUAUCAAGUUAUCACACCCCCUUCCCAUUUAUCUUAGUUUACAGAUUAAUCUUUCUUCUUAUGCUAUGCAGAAAUUCGUUACUGAUUUCCAUUAGACCUUUGUGUUGCAGCUGUAAUUAAAGAAUGCCAUCUCGUUCUACUGUCGCUGAAGAGCCAGGCCUUGGAUGCAGAAGCAGAUGUGUUAUGUGCAGUCAUUUACAGCAAUCACAACAGAAUGGGCCACCACAGACCCCAUUUGGCCCUCAAACAGGUCGAACAAUGUUUAAAACGUUUGAAAAAUAUGAAUUUGGAGGGUUCAAUUCAAGAGCUGUCUGAGUUGUUUUCUUCCAAUGAAAACCAGCCUGUAACCACCAAAGCAUGUGUUGUCCCCAGCCAGCCAGUGGUGGAGUUGGUGCUGAUGAAGGUCUUGGGAGCCUGCAAGUUGCUGCUCCGCCUGCUGGACUGCUGCUGCAAGGCGUUCCUCUUGACUGUAAAACAUCUAGGUUUGCAAGAGUUCAUUAUAUUAAACCUUGUGAUGGUAGGGCUGGUGAGCAGGUUAUGGGUUCUCUAUAAAGAUGUUUUAAAAAGGUUGAUUACUUUAUAUGAACCAUUGUUUGGAUUGCUUCAAGAGGUCUCUAGGAUUCAACCAAUGCCUUACUUCAAAGAUUUUACCUUUCCUUCUGAUAUUACUGAAUUUCUCGGACAGCCCUAUUUGGAAGUCUUUAAGAAAAAAAUAGGUCCAGCCAAAGGAGUAACAAAAUUGUUAAAUAAACUGUUUUUAACAAAAGAGCAAUCACCAAGGUCCAGUGAAGACCCCUUAAUUACAAUUUCCAAAAAAGCUAAACAAACAAAGAUUGAGAUACAGAAUAAUGUGGAUCUUGGACAACCAGUAAAGAAUAAGAAAGUCUUCAAAGAAGAGUCAUCAGAGUUUGAUGUGAAGACUUUCUGCAAACAGCUGAAACGCAAAGCUAUUGAGGAGACUGCCUUUGAGUUUGUAUGUUCUCAGUCCAAAGCAAAGACAACAAAAUAUUCUUUACAGAAAGGGAUAGGAACUCCUUGUGUCAAAAGUUUCGUGCUAAGAUUCCGAGGAGCUGAGACUUUCAGACAACUUUCUGAAGAAAUCCAAAUGGCAAUUGUAUGGUGUAGGAGCCAAAAACUCAAGGCCCAGGCCACCUUUUUGGGUAGCAAACUUCUUAAAAGUAACCGGCUUAAACACGUGGAAGCUCAAGGUUAUCGUUUGCCAAAGAAACUAGAGUGUAUGAAAACAUCUAUUUGCAACUGCCUUCUUCGAAGCUUAGGUAUCAAAACUUCAAAGCACCAUCAGAGACAAAGAAGAUCACAAAAUAUAUUUUUACUGAGACAAAGCAAACCACAGAGAAAGUCACAGUCAAUACUUCUAAAGGAAAUUUAUCAGUUCACUCAAGGGACUCAGAAUACGACAGACGGCAGUGCUGAGUGGAGACUCGCAUGCCCUGCAGUUACCAGAACUGACCUCUACCCUAACAGUAAGCAGCUUUUAAGGAGCAGAAUUUCAAAUCCUGUCAUACAAACCAAGGAGAAACAGAUUCAGGAAAAUCUUAUAGGAAGCAGUGAAAAUAACACGAGUUCAUGGACAAUGAUGCGAAGACACACACACAACGCAGAAGGAGCCGGCAAGGAGACCGAUGACAUUGAUGCCAUUUUUGCUUUAAUGGGAGUUUAGAUGUUCAUUUGUGAGCCUUUUAAGCAGUUACCAAGCUGGUCGCAUGUUCUGCUGAGAUCUGGAAGUACUGCUGGGACUCAGAGGUGCUGCUUUAGUGCCUCACUGCACAGGAGUCCAUUAAUAAACACUCAGUAAACAUU